AUGUCCAGCACAGAAGCGAAACUUCGUUCCCUAAAAGUUCCAGAGCUUAAAGACCUACUCACCAAAAAAGGGCUUCCCGUUUCUGGAAAAAAAGAGGACCUAAUAAAUCGAUUAUUGGCUUUCGAAGUUGACGAGAAAGUGACAACCAUCACCACCACUACUGAUAGUAACGAUGCUAACAACAACAGUAUUGCUAGAAAUACCGCUAGCAUCAAAGCUCAGAAUAAUGGUGGCAUCAAUAGUAAUGGUGAGAAUAUUGCAAGUGGUAUUGCUGGCGAUAGUGAUACGAAAACAGGUGACACGGAUUUGUUUGAGAAAGAUAUUACGAAUUCACCUGUUGACCAUAAUUCUGCACUUGACGCCGAUUUUGAUUGGGACGACAUAAAGUUGACCACGGACGAGUUCAAUGAUGCUGCCAAGGAUGCCGAACUAGACUCGUUGCACUCUCUCAACUCACCCAUAGAAAAAACAAAGACGGACAAUCCGCUAAAUCUUGCCGAUAAGAAGUCAGGCACGGCCUCGGCCAACAUCAAUACAUCAUCUACAUCGAUUUCAGAUUCGCAACAGCAGCAACAGGUUUCCACCUCCACGACAGAACCAGAAAUAAUUGUAAAACCCACGGGAUUUAAAUGCAAGAAAAUUACCUUUAAUGCUCCGCCACCACAAUCCACUCCGGUCACCACCCAAUCUGAUAAUAAUCUAAGCUCUGAAUUGGAAAAGCGGAAAAAACGCGCCGAACGAUUUGGAGUUAAUCUUAGCGAAACUGAUAAAAAAUUGGAAAGAGCUGUGAAAUUUGGUAUUCAAGUAUCGAGUCCUGUCGAUUCUCCUUUAAAAGCCGAAAGACCAAUUCUUCAGAAACAGACC